AUGCUUUCUAAUGAUUUCAUUAUUAUUGGCAUCGUUAAUGAUCAAACAUUGGAGACUUUAUUUAAAUUUGUGACAAAUGGUGAAAAUAAUUUUAAUAGAGUUUAUUUUAAUCAAAACGACUACCCAAAACUUAACGAUUUUAUUAUAAAGCAUAUAGAAACAGGAGAUGUAUUUAAAAUGGUGAGGAAAUUAAUAUUCAGUGUUACUCAAAAACCUAUUAUAAGUAAACAUGCAAAAAAUAUCGAAAUCAAAGUUGGAGACAACAAUUUAAAAUGUACUAAAUAUCAACUUUCUAAUAAAUGGGAUCCAGAAAUGAAGUUUUGUAUUUAUAAUAGAGAAAAAGCGAUUUACGUUGGAAGCGAUUUACGUCCAGCUUUUGAUGUUGAAAUUAAAAGAACUAAUUGA